GCAGUCUACAACUCAACCACACAAUGCACAAAGACCCCCAGCUUCCGUUCCCGGUUUCUACGGAGUAAUCUUUCGGCUACACUACUGAUGGAGCUUCCGACAGCGUGACUUCAUUUCGUUGUCGCAUCAGCCAAGAGUCACGCUCUCUGCCUAGCGCCACAUUCUGAACCGCGGCGGUGCCUGCUAUUUUGCAAUACAGUGUCCGUUACCCCUCCGUUACCUCACCGUUACCUAUCCGUUACCUACCCGCUUGCCUGUGUUCCGCUGACCGCGUCUGCCUAUCAUGGCCGCGGUAGCCACCCCGCCGCUCGUUAUCCGCGGAAGGACUAUAACCGCUCCGCGCACGUGCGUAACCUCCGCCGCCCGUCCCUUCGAUGUGUGCCCGCGACCUUGUCUCCCGCAAUCGCGUCAUCCCCCUGCUCUGCGCGCUGUGGCUGUCGGAGAAUCCACUCGCGCUGCCUUUCGCCAAACCCUGUCGUCUUCCCAGCGCGUUCCGCCCUUCCGCCUCCCCAUGCGUCCCGCGCACCGGCGGCGGGCGCUGCUACCUCCGCGCGCCGUGGAGUGGAUGAGCGACAGCAUGCUGCUUGCGCGGCAGGAGCUGGCUCAGCAGCGUGCGGCGGAAGGUCCUUCGGCGCAAGGCGCGGUGGUGACGAAUGAGGAGAGGCUGGAAGUGGGGGAGGAGGAGAGCGAAGGCGGGAAUAUCCGCACACCCACGACCAAGUCCGUUCUGCUGCAGGCGUUCAACUGGGAGAGCUGGCGCAGCGACCCGCCGUGGUACGACGGGCUCAUGGCGCGCGCGGCGGAGAUGGCGGGCAUGGGGUUCACGGACGUGUGGCUCCCGCCGCCCACGAAGGCCGUCGACAAGCAGGGCUACCUGCCGUCACAGCUGUACAAUCUAGACGCGUCACGCUACGGCGACGAGGUGCACCUGCGGCGCCUCAUCCGGCGCCUGCACUCACUCGGCAUGCGGUGCAUGGCGGACAUUGUCAUCAACCACCGCUGCGGGGACUUCCAGGACGCGCACGGCAACUGGACCAUCUUCGAAGGGGGCACGCCCGACGAGAGGCUCGACUGGGGCCCCUGGGCAAUCACCGCGGGGGACAUGCCGUACGGGGGCGACGGGAAGGCGGAUACAGGGGAGGACUAUGGUGCCGCACCGGAUAUAGAUCAUACCAAUGCGCGGGUGCAGCGGGACUUGAUCAAUUGGUUGUUGUGGAUGAAGCGCGAGGUGGGGUUCGACGGGUGGCGGUUCGACUUCGCGAAAGGGUACGGGGCGGAGUUUGUGGGGAUGUACUGCCGGGCGACGGAGCCGGUGCUGGCGGUGGGCGAGGUGUGGACGGCGAUGCGGUACGAGGGCGACGGGCAGAUGGCAUGGAACCAGGACGCGCACAGGCAGGCGCUGGUGGACUGGGUGGAUGGUACCGGAGGGGUGUGUGGGGCGUUUGACUUCACCACUAAGGGCAUUCUGCAGCAGGCUGUUCAAGGGCAGCUGUGGCGGUUGAAGGAUGGGCAGGGGAAGCCGCCAGGCAUGAUAGGGUACUGGCCGGCGCGGGCGGUGACGUUCAUAGACAACCACGACACGGGCAGCACGCAGAACUCAUGGCCCUUCCCUUCGGACAAGGUCAUGCAGGGAUACGCCUACAUCCUCACCCACCCCGGCAUACCCUGCGUCUUCUACGACCAUGUGUUCACAUGGGGUCUGAAGAAGCCCAUCGUCGACCUGGUAGCUGUGCGGCAGCGCAAUGGUAUCAGAGCCAACUCGCCCAUCCGCAUCCUCGCAGCAGAGGCCAACCUCUACGUGGCCGAGAUAGGCGCGGGGAAGAGGGGUGCAGGAGGCGAGGACGGGGGGAACGGUAGUGUGAAGGGGGGGGAGGAGAAGGGGGGGAAGAUAAUGGUGAAGAUAGGGUCUCAGUAUGACAUGGGGCGACUGCUGCCCAGCAAUAGUGAGUACCGUGUGGCGACGUACGGCGAUGGGUACUGCGUGUGGGAGAGCACGGCUUGAUUUGGUGAACCCGCAGUGAAUCAGUGAAUGAUGGGUACAGCAUGUGGUGGAUCGGGGUCUGCUGGGGGUGAGCAAUGCUUGAACCCUGCACGACACUGGGCGGUGGUGAUUUGCUGGGGAGUGAUGUGGGGAAGGGGAUGGAGCAGCCGGGGAGUGGCGUUGCGCAAUGUGUGUGUGUGUGUGUGUGCGUGUGUGCGUGUGCGUGUGUUUCUGUAUGCACUUGUAUUUAUGUGUGUAUGUAUGUGUGUGAGCCUAUGUAUGCAUGUGUGCCUGUAUGCUUGUGUGAGAGCGAGUAUGUGAGUGUGUGCACGGGUGUGCGCAUGUGAAGAUGCAUGUGUGCAUGCUUGCACUGUUAUCCUCGAUCUAUGCAUCUACUGCCAUGUAUCCAUGAUAAGCCCGAGCUCGAGUGGAUAAGCCAUCUUAUCUGACCAUGGCAUGCAGCUGCUCCAUCCCUCACACAGCUGCUGGUUGCCAUGUCAUCGCAUGGCAAUGGCAUGCGCUGUAUGUUGUCGUAGGCAUCAUGUCAUGUCACUGCGUGUUGGAAUGAACAGUCCUGUCCUUGGAUUUCUCCCUAAUGUAUUUGCUGCAAGCGCAAGUCAGUAUGCUCUAGUCUGCUCUCCUGCUCUACAGCAUCAUGUGGCACAUACAUGUUUUGCCUGUUUC